UCAGUCUCUGAGUGUACGUUGCGUUGAACGGUACUUUGGCGUCGUUGUUUUGGUAGAAUUAACGGUUUCGUGUGGCUAUUUUAUUAUAACCAAAAUAUAUAAUUGUUAAAGUAUAACACGAAAAAUGAAUAUGAAGACCGGAAAUAAAAAGUGAGAUUGAUUUUUGUAUAUGCAGAAUUUCAACAGAGACGUGAAUGGAAUUGAAGUAUAAAUAAUGCAGUAUUUCAAUAUAGCCAAGAAUAAAAGUACAAAAAAAAAGUGAAAAAAAUGUGAAAAUAAGUAAAAAAAUAAAAGUAUUUUCAAGUGAAAAAUCACAAACAGACACACAAAGAAGCUGCCAAAAAAUGAUUUCUCUUUGUUGAGUGCGUGAACUGUCGAAGAUAUAGAUCAUACUUAAUAUACGGAAAUCUAUAUAUGUGUGUACUCGUAAGUAUGUAAGCAUGACAAUAUAACAACAGCCAGCAAGAACACUACGAGUACAUGUCCAGUGGAGUUUUGCCCGCGCUGCAAACGCGCACCCACAUGUCACACAAACAUAUACAUACAUGCCACUGACAUGCAACAGAUGUGUGCCAUCAACGUCAGGCGCAAAAGCAAAAGUAAAAUUCGAAUAUCAAGAAUCAAGUUGCCAACAACAACAAUCAUAUUAGCAACAAACAUUUCAACAACAACUUCAACGACAAAUAAACGUGAGCAAUAAGUGCGCAUUGCAUGAGCAAUACCAACAACUAGCAAUAACUCCAAGGGACCAGCUCAUCAAACUGCACCCGCACCUAAAAAAACUAAAAAGAAAAAAUACCAAAUAUAAAAAAAAUAUAGAAAAUUAUUUGAAAAUUAACGCAAACGAAGUGAGUGUAGUGCCAGCACAAUAAACGGAGCGAUAAUGAUCGAUAAGCAAUUGAAGAGCGGCGGUACACUCCCCCUUUCGUGGGGAAAUUGAAAAAUAAAAUCGAAAUAAUCUAAAUUUCAUUGUGGAAGGACAAAUUGCUGAUGUUUUAAAAUAAAAUCUAACAUUUUUUUGUCUUCAAUUGCGCAACUCGAGUGAAGGGCGUAUGGUGUAAAAUAGUAUUUUCCAAGCUAACAGUAAAUACGCGCUAUCUCUUCAGCAUUUAAUUUAACUUCGUACGCUCUCCAAUUACUAUUUUCGGUGGAAAAUGUUGCAGCUGCAUGGGUUUUUCGUGUGUUGCACGUUGAUUGUGGUGCAAUUGCUUUGCCACAGCGUUAGCGCUAUGAAAGUUUCACUCUUCGGUGAUGGCUACAUAACGAUGCCACUGCAAGAGGCUAAAAUGUCCACAAAUAUACGCGUGAAAUUUCGUACACAACAAGAGAACGCCUUCCUCUUUCUCGCCGCGGGACGUACGGAUUACUGUCUGAUGCGGUUGGAGGGCGCCACAAUUAGCUUCACCUAUAAAAUUGAUCGUGAAGUCAUACAGUUGCGCUCACCCAAAAAGCAGCGACUGAACGACUUGGAAUGGCACGAUGUGGCCGUGCAACGCUACGAGAAUAACAUUACGCUGCAGGUGGAUGGCAACAUAAUGCGCAAGACGUUGCCCGUCGAGAUGACGGCACUCAAUGUGCACUUUGGCACAUUUCUCGGUGGGGUGGGCGAUUUCCCCGCUGAGUAUUUGACGGAUGUGGUUGGCUUUCGCGGUUGCAUAUCGGAUGUAUUUUACAACAACAUUAAUAUAAUUAAACGCGCCAAAGAGCGUACAGGUCACACGACUAGUAUCGGCGUGACUUGGUCGUGCAGUAAUGAGUUUGAUGGCACCGUAAAAGAUGCUAUGAGUUUUCUGAUUGAAGACUCUUUUGCGUUGAUGUCGAAGGAGUCCAAUGCUGCGGGCGAGUCCCUCGUGUUGCAGUUUCGAACCAUGGAGUCAGCGGGUGUGCUCUUUUUUAAUGGCGGUUAUGAUUUCGUGCUGUUGGAGAUCGAAGAGGACGCAGUCAAGUUGACGUUCAACAAAGCCGGCAGUCUUGUACAACUUUCACCCAACCAAACUGUCUCGGAUGGCAAGUGGCAUCGCAUUUUGCUACGUUACAACGCAGCCAUGGCGGAGCUCAUACUCGACGAUGUCGUCUAUAGUGGCACACAUGCCAAUGAUACCAAAGCAACUAUUAAUCUGGAGAAGAGUAUCUUCUUUGGUGGCGUGCAGGAGGAUAUGCGCAGGCGUUUGUUGAACAAAGGUUUGUUGGUGAAUGAUCUCAGCUUCAAGGGUUGUAUGCGUGGUCUACAAGUGAACAAUGUGGAGUUGGGCUUUCCGCUAAUGAAGGUUUCCCAUCACUUGGCCGUGAAUUGUGUUUGGAAAUAUCCCUGUGUAGAGCAUAGACCGUGUCUGAAGAGCGGUAUUUGCAACCAAUAUGGCGUCGAUGAGUUUAUUUGCUACUGCGAUCAAUCGUAUUGCAUCAAGGCGGACUAUCAGGGUCCAUUUAAGAUCUUUACCGAAACGAGUCCGGAACUCGAACUGCUUUAUGUGUCGCCCAUGCAGUUACUCGAGGGCGGCACCGUCUUCCUUUCGACACAUUUCAUAGACGUGCUUAUCGAAAUGCGCAAGUAUCCAAGUCUAACGGACACUUCCAUCGCUUUCCACGUUGUCCAACAGCCCAAAUAUGGCCAACUUUUACAGUUCUCGGUGGAGAAAAACAAUUUCGUGCAGUGUCGCACUUUCAGUCUUGUCGAUCUCUCCACGGACAAAGUGAAGUAUGUACACAAUGGCAUGGAGAAUUUCAAUGAUCACGCCACAUUGGACAUGCAAGUGUAUGGCGAUAUACAUAAGAUACCAGAAAAUAUUUUGGGCAAACAUCGCUUCCUGCUACACGCCAAUGUAACGCCCAUAAACGAUCCACCACAACUUCAGAUACCUAUCAAUAAGAUAUUGCGCGUCAUCGAGGGUAUUGAGCGUGGACUGGAUAUGGAUUUAUUCAACAUUGAUGAUCCCGAUAGCGCUGCGUCGGCUUUAAUCUACACAAUACUGCCCUCCACAAAUCCCGCUGAAGCGUUCGGCCGUUUUCUCGUGAAUGGCAUAUCAACCAUGUCGUUCUCACAGGCCGAUGUUAAUGCGGGUAAGGUGAGCUUUCUCUACAACUCGACAACAGCCGAGGCUUUUAGUUAUCAGAUUUUGCUGCACGUUUCCGAUGGCAUUGAGACGAGUGACACGGUAUACCUGCCGGUAUCUGUACACCCAUUGGAGCUGCGUUUGGUCAACAAUACGGGUCUAAUUAUGAUACACAAGUCAGCUUUACCCAUUACGCCGGCAAACUUAUCCGUUGGCACGAAUACAGCGGAUGAGAAUAUUGAUGUCCGCUAUGAUAUCGUGAAGCCCCCACAAUAUGGAGCCAUACAACGUUUACGGCAAGUGGACUCUUCUUGGGUGAAUGUCGACUGGUUUAGUGAUAGCCAAAUGCUGCUUGGUCAUAUAAGAUACUUGCAUGGUACUGAGUUUCCCUGGCAGGAUGAGUUCAAGUUCAUUGCAUCCUACGGUUUCGUCACGACACAAACAUUCGACUUUCGCAUCACCUUCACACGCCUACGCAUAAACUCGGCUAAACCCUCGGCCAUUGCUGUAAACGGUUCACGGGAGUUUGUGCUGACCAGCGACGUGUUGACCUAUGAGACUGUGCCAAUCGAUACCUUUCCAAGGAAUAUAAUCUACAAAAUACUCAAGCCAACGAAGUAUGGUGGCAUCUAUGUCGAGGGUUCUCGUAAAUACGCAAAGGAGUUGGACUCGUUUACACAAUUGGAUAUCGAUAAAAAUCGUAUACGCUAUAAGACGCAUCUCACAAGCUAUUCGCACUUCAUUGACCAGUUGGAGUUUGUCGUUUCUGUAGCUGAAUGUGAUGACGUCAUGGGUCGGUUGACUAUACAGUACACACCGCUUGAGGCGAACACCGAUAAAUUAACUUAUCAAAAACGUGAGAUUCUCCUUGUGCAAGAGGGCGAGCGUGCACUGAUUACCAAAAAUCACUUCGAGAUACGCUUUAAUCUCUAUGAGGGCCUACAGUUCACAGUAACUGAACCGCCACAGCAUGGCACACUCUGUCGCUACGACGAGCUGGCAGCUAAAGUGAUACCGAUUACUGAGUUUGCAUUGGAGCAAUUGUUUCUGAAUGAUGUUUACUACUGCCACGAUGACACCGAAUCCACGGAGGACUCUUUCGAUCUGCUCAUACUCUCCACCGACGGUACGGAUCUACAAUUUGUUGCCGAUAUUGAUGUGCGCAUUAAGUUGAUCAAUGACAAUGCACCUUAUCGCACGGCGGAGCGAGUUUUUCACGUUGUGCGUGGCGGCUACCGUACGCUCAGUCCGGAUGUGUUGCAGUACUUAGACACCGAUGUGAACACAAACCGUUCUGAUAUCCUCUAUAUACACGUGUCGAGCACGAAUGGCGCUUUCUAUAAGACGGGCAAUUUCAUCGACACCUUCAGUCAGGAUGAUAUCACGAAUAGACGUAUAGCCUUUCAGCAUAAAGGUCCAGACGUGGGCACCGCCUCGUUUAUAGUCACCGAUCGUCAACAUGAGGUGAACGGCUUGCUGGAGGUGCAUGCCUCCGAACCGUUUGUGUCGAUGUUGCCGACAAACGCGUCAAUUGUGCAGGAGGGGAAGUUCGUGAUUUUACGCAACAAAGAUUUUAUUUUAGAAACAAAUUUGGAUAUGAAAUUGGAUGAGAUCUACUAUGAAGUAAUCAAACCGCCAGCUUAUGGUAUACUCAUGUAUUUGGGUAGAUCACGUAAUGGUGGCAAUGAUACGGCGACGGGUCAGUACAAGUCUUCGAAUCUGACUUCAUUAACAAAUUUCACGCAUUUGGACAUCGAGCGCGAUCGUUUGGUGUACUGGAAUACGGAGAUCGCCUCCAUGGAUAAAGUGCGCUAUCGCGUACACAUAAAAAAUAUAUCCGCCGAGGGUGAGGUCAUCAUGCGCAUAUACCCCUCAGCCUAUUGGGAGCCAUUGCAGGUGAAGAAGAAUCAAACACUGAAUGUCGAAGAAUCUACAAGUGUCUUGAUCUCACGCGACAUACUGGAGGUCGUUCAUCCAAAUAUCUCCCCCGGUGAUAUUACAUUUCUGGUUACCUCUUCGCCCAUGCAUGGCUAUUUGGAGAUGCAAUCUAUGUCCUUCGAUGACGAAUACAAUUGCAAGGUUUUCGAUCAGUCUGCGAUAAAUACUGAGAAAAUGUUCUACAUUCAGGCGGGUGUCAAUCAGUCCUCGGAUUAUUUUGUUUUCGAUGUCACGAAUGGUAUUACUUGGUUGCGUAAUUUGAUGCUGAAAAUUGUCAUUAUACCGGAGAAGCUGUAUAUGCAUACGAAUGUGGUGUCCGUAGUGGAAGGAAAAACGGUCCAACUCAGCUCCUCCGACAUACAGCCUUUCUCCGAGUUUUAUCGUGGCAAAAUAUUGGAGUAUAUCAUCACAGUGGCACCGACGUCGGGUUACAUUAUGGCCGCCAACUCGAAAGUGAAACGUUUCACACAAAAACAAUUGGAUCAAGGCAGCAUACAAUAUUUCCAUAAUGGCAAUGAGAAUGCGACAGAUGUUAUGACAUUAUUGGCGACAGCACGAAAUAAAGAGAGCGUACCCUUCGAGCUGGAAUUUUCCGUGGUGCCGGUCAACGACGAACAACCGAUGGUCGUGACAAAUACAGGAUUGCAAGUGUGGAGUGGCGGCAAAUAUGUUAUUAAAUACACGGACCUCAUGGCGCAAGAUUAUGACACGCCCGCCGAUAAUAUAACCUUCAUUGUCAAUUAUAUUUAUGGCGGUUACCUCGCGCGGCGCGCUGAUCUACAACAGAAGAUCGACACCUUUACGCAGGCGCAAAUAAAUAAUGAAGAAGUAUACUUUAUACAUGAUGCCACUUCGCGACGCAACGAAAUGUCCUUUAUGGUCACUGAUGGCCUCUUCAAUACCACUGAUCAGCUGCUGAAUAUCGCCAUACGACCGGUGGAGAUACUAGAGGAGCGUAAUACCAAUUUACAUGUCUUUCCGCUCACCAAAAAGCAAAUUCUACGCGAUCAUUUAUAUUUCCGUUGCUCGGAUGAAGGUCGGGAUAUUUUCUACAAUAUAACGGUGCCACCAAGUCUCGGGCGCAUAUUGAAUGAAUAUUUGGAUAAUGGCUUUUCGAAGGAGGUCACCGGUUUCACACAGAAUGACAUCGAUAAUGGACGCAUUUUCUACGAACACACCUCGGUUAUAAUGGAGUUUCGUAUAAAUGAUUCGUUUUACUUUGAUGUUGUGGCAGAUCGUAGUGAUCGUUUGUUGGAUCAGAAAUUUAAUGUGGAGAUAUCGGUAUCGUCGGGUGGCCUGCUGCGUUUCUUGCCCGUCUCUAAGCUGCAAGUGGAUGAAGGUGGCUCAGUGCCAAUCAAAUUGGACUUUUCGAAGAUUUUAGAGUACUUGAAGACACGUGCGGGCAUAAAUAGUCCCGAGUUGUAUAUAGAGUCGACACAAAAACCCAUGCAUGGUACUAUUGGGUUGGGACAUGAGUUUAGAGCGGUGCAGAAGUUCCAGCCGAGUGACUUUCUAACGAAGAAGGUGUACUACAUACACGAUCACUCGGACACGUUGGAGGAUACGAUCUUGAUGUCGGUGUAUUUGUCGCAGUAUCUAUCACAAGGCAACAUAUUCCUCUGCAACCUCACCGUGCCGGUCUCCAUAAAUCCAAUCAACGAUCAACCCUUCACACUCGUCACACAUUUCCCUCAAAUGACCGUAGUGGAGGGUGAAAAUCAGACGAUUACACGCAAUAUGCUGCUCACGGAGGAUAAGGAUACCCCACCCGAGGAGAUCGUUUACGAUGUAAUGAGCGGUCCCACUUUGGGUGUACUAAAGAAGAUCAACAACGAUGGACACACUGAGGAUCUGCUCGCCUAUUCGAAUCAGUUUACACAAGCUGAUAUUAAUAACGGACGCAUUGUCUUCGUACACUUCGGUACACCACAAUCGACCACAUUCUGUUUCACGGUCUCCGAUGGUUAUUUCAAUCCAGCUUAUGAGGUAUUCACCAUAAAAAUUGCGCCCAUCAGCUUGUUGCCAGCAGACUAUCAAUAUCCGGUACUGGUGCCGCAAGGUGCAACCACUACCGUUAUGAAAUUGGAGCAUAUUUCAUUGCGCACGAACGUACAAACCGAACGUUUAUCGUAUAACAUCACUAAUUCACCGUUAUAUGGUAUUAUUGUGUAUAAACACCAGCCGACAUUGCGUUUCAACCAACAACAGUUGGAGACGGCGCAAAUAAAUUACAUGCAAACCGAUUUGAAUCGCUCCAAUGACACCUUCCAGGUGAGCGCUUACGUGCCGGGCACCUUAUAUACCGCCACGGUGGACGUGCUUGUCGCAGUGGAGCCGGUUAUAAAGAUCACCAACGUCUCUAUGGUGAAUGAGUUGGGCAAGGUGCGACUGCAAUCCGUUUUGGUCGCCGAUAAUCCGCUCUCUAUGAAAUUGAAUAAGUUCAAUCCCAAGUUCAUUAUCACGCGCAUGCCCAAGACUGGGCAGUUGCGUAAAAUAAUACGCAGCACGGGCUUGGCGCCCGAGUCACAGAAUGAACGUUCAACGAACAUGUUCUCUUACAAGGAACUGCGCAGCGGCGUUGUGUAUUUCGUGCCGAAUGAGGCAGUCGAGCUCACAGUCGAAGACGAGGAUUAUUUUGAGUAUCAAUUGCACAUAAAGACCGUGCAACCCGCACAGGGUGUCGUGCAUAUUGAGUAUCGCGCGCCACAAGACAACAAUGGUGAUCGCGUGACGAUGGCUAGCAGUGAGUUCAGCUUCAAUUACAUUGCGCUCGCGGUGGUGCUCAUCAUACUGAUCGUGUGCAUUUUGGUAGUUAUGUUACUGCUGAAGAUACGCUACUUGCGUCGCGACAAAGCGGACAUUUCGAAGGAUCAGCCACCUGCCUUACCAUGUCCACCCGACUUGACGUCGGUUAGUCCACAACAUCAUCAUCACCAUCAUCAUCAUCAUCACUAUGCCAACUCGGAGGCUGACUCAGUGCCCGCCACAGGCGCCUCAACGCCGCUACCCGGCUUUAGUAAUAUACCACAUUGUAAAAUUAUACCGGUGGAGUCGUACAAACACGACUAUCCUGACUAUGAUCCCGAUGAGGGUGAUGAAACGGAUGAUGCUCAGCAAAUGAUGCUGCCCCAGCGUUACAAUCCCUAUCAUAUGGAGAAUGAUACGUGGAGUUCGUCGUGCGAUAUGGCCAAUGAUUUUGGCGGUUACUCGACGGUACCCCAGAGUAGUGCGCCGCCCUCAGCGACUCCACCAUCAGCGCCGGCAAGUAAUCCGUUGCUGCGCCGAAAUCAGUACUGGGUAUAAGUUAAGUGUGUACUGAGUAUAAGUUAAUAUACAAUUUAAGGCGAUGUUUGUAUUGUGUAACCGUUGCAAAGUGCCUUUCAAGAGUUUUCUGAGGGCUUCCGAAAAUAGUGCCUUCGUUUGCUCGUAACCAAAAAGGCAAAGUAGCUUAGAAUUUGUAAAGUUUUUUAUGAACAAACUGACUUAAAGACUUACCAAAAUAAAUAUUACGGUCAUAUUACUAAAAAAAUAUUGGACUCUCUUUUGCUGAGUCAGCACUUCAGGUUAGAUAUCUGCUGGAUACAAAGUAGAACCCCUUUCAAGCAUACUAGAUUUCUUGCAACCUUAUUCUCCUACCACUAAAUCUAUGACUCUCGGACGAAAAUGAGUGGAAUCUGUGCCGGAGUUGUAAGUGAAUGAAUUUUGGAUUAGAGCUUUCACUAUAAGUUUUUUGAACAUUAAGUAUGACUGCCCGAAGAUUAUGAGGACUGCAAGCCGAAUGAACAAACUACAUAUAGUCCACUACUUUUAAAUCUACCUCGCCUAACAGCUCCUCACAUGAGUGGGCAUAUUGAGCUUUGGCGCCUACUCAUCUCCAUCGUUUGCUUUCUGGGUCACAGGUCUGUUGUCUAUUCAACGAUAAGCAAAACAUACCCCUGGCAUAACGUGCAGUAUAGAAAUUAGAUUUUCAAUUACAGUUACCAUGAGGUAGCGCAGCUCCUUUGAAUCAAUUUUCGAAUACAUAAACACUUGCGACGACUUCCCACCUUGGCUCGGAUAAAGCAAUAUCUUGGUACGGCGGAUCGUCCCAUUGAGUUUUAGAACCACACCGUGGUUAUAGGUACAACAACAGCCAGAAGUGCUUGCUCAUAAAACGAUAGUUCUAUAUUUUAGCUGUUAUGCAGCAGAUCCAGCAACAAGCUCAUCUCCGAAUAGGUAUGUCUAGUCUUUUUAAUCGCAAAUACGAGCAGUCAGCAUUUCGAUGCAACAUUAGCUUAUCAACAAAUAUUAUCUCUGCCGUGUUUAAAGUAAUGUGGAUGUCUAUAGUAACUUUUCCCUUAGAUUUUACAUCCACUUCGCUUCAGCUUAACAAGCUAAAGUUGCUGAUCAUUCGACAAACGACACCUCUCUUUUCUAUUCAGCUGGGAUUCUUGUUCAUCUCCGACUGGUAGCCUUCUUACCUUUGAACCUCUGAAAUUACGAAUUGUCAUCCUAAGAGCCGCUUGAAGAUGCCGUCGCAUAGUAAUGCGACUAGAAGUCAUUCUUCCGUUCGCUUUUGGGUAGUAGAAAUCAUCGCCCUAAACUUCACGUCCACUUCUUACCAAUACUUCGCUCUUGGGCUACAACCCGACCUUAGCUGCAGUGGCAUAGUCGUUCGAGGAGUAGUGGUAGUAUCAUGUAGAGUCUAAUUUGUCUAAUUGGUCCCUUAUUCGGUUCCGAUUUAACUACAACCAGAAGUUAGGGAAAGAGAUACUUUGAGACUCGCUAAGUACUGUUGAAGUAGGAGAAGAAUUAGUUGUGUUUUAAUCUAGAUGGACUACCUAUUAUUACGUAAAAUAAAUAAAUAAAAUACAAUAUAUAUAAAAAUUCU